AUGUCGAAAACAGACCCCAUCCAAACCACCGCCCCCAAAUGCCCCCUCACCACCCACCGUCCCCCGGCCACCUCCUUGCACCGCAACAUCCCCGACCCCGGCACCCCUCGCGGCACCGCCGCCAUCUCCACCGAGCAACCCGACGGGGACCCUGUCUGGCAGAAGCAAUUUGGCGAAUACACCCCCCUGCAACAACACAUCCUCUUCUGGGACCGCGACGGAGACGGCCAGAUCUACCCAUGGGACACCUACCGCGGCUUCCGGGAAUUAGGGUUCAGUGUGCUCUUCUCGGUGCUGGCGAUGCUGAUCAUCAACCUCAAUUUCUCGUAUCCGACGCGGUUGGCGUAUUCGAUCCUCCCGGAUGUGUGGUUUCGGGUGUACGUGGGGGGGAUUCAUAAGGCGAAGCACGGCUCCGACAGCAACACCUACGACACGGAAGGCCGAUUCGUCCCGCAGAGCUUCGAGAAUAUCUUCGCCAAGUACGACGGCGACGGGGAUGGGAAGUUGACGUUCAGUGAGGUCGGGAGGAUGGUGAGGGGGAAUCGGUGUGCGGUGGAUCCGUUUGGGUGGUCGGCUGCGCUGUUCGAAUGGGGCACGACGUGGUUGCUCAUCCAGCGGGACGGAAGGGUCGAGAAGGAGGAUUUACGGCAGAUUUAUGAUGGCUCGUUGUUCUGGAGGGUCCGGGAGGCGCGCGUGCAUGGGUCGGGAUGGAAGCAGGGGUUUGGAUUAGGGGGGGAUGGGUUUAUUGGAGGGGUCAAGGUCUUUUAGAUAACCUCAUAGACUCCCCCUAUCUUGGGUUUCUAGGGGUCGAAUUACAUGGUUAUCUUGACUGUUGGUGGAGAUGUACACACUGCUUUGGUCCAGGCACGUAGAAACCAUAUAUAGACAGACAUUUAUUCAAACAU